AUGCAAGAGUCUCCAGGUGCCAUGGGAGUAGAUGGCAGCUACGCCAGCAACGUGCCAGCCUUUCUCACCAAGCUGUGGACGCUGGUGGAGGAUCCAGAUACCAACCACCUCAUCUGCUGGAGCGCUACUGGGACGAGUUUCCAUGUGUUCGACCAGGGACGCUUUGCAAAGGAAGUUCUGCCAAAAUACUUUAAACAUAAUAAUAUGGCGAGCUUCGUUCGACAGCUCAACAUGUAUGGUUUCCGUAAAGUGGUGAACAUCGAGCAGAGCGGCCUGGUGAAGCCUGAGAGAGAUGACACAGAGUUCCAACAUCUGUACUUCCUCCAGGGACACGAACACAUGCUGGAACACAUCAAGAGGAAGGUAUCCAUAGUGAAGAGUGAAGAGACCAAAGUUCGUCAGGAGGACCUCAGUAAACUGCUGUAUGAAGUUCAGCUUCUCAGAACACAACAGGACAACAUGGAGUGUCAGAUGCAGGACAUGAAACAGCAAAAUGAGGUGCUGUGGAGAGAGGUGGUGUCACUGAGACAGAACCACACACAGCAACAGAAAGUCAUGAACAAGCUGAUUCAGUUUCUGUUCAGCCAGAUGCAGUCCAACACACCCAGCACUGUGGGCCUAAAGAGAAAGCUGCCCCUCAUGCUCGACGAUGGUUCUCCCAGUCCUCCUGCCUCCAAGUUCAGUCAUAAUAACCCGAUGGAGCCCAUGCACGAGCCCUUCUACAUCCAGUCGCCAUCCAGUGACACUGCUUCUUGCUCCACCAGUGGGCUGACGGGAGGACCAAUCAUAUCAGAUGUUACCGAUAUGUCUCAGGCCAGCAUGGCUCUCCAGAUGCAGUCUGAUGACACCAGGGAGAAGUGCCUGAUGCUUAUCAAAGAGGAGCCUGUGAGUCCGGGAGUGAGAGGAGGAGGGAAAGGAGGCAGUGUAGGAGGAGGAGAGGCUGUAGCAUUGACCUCCUCCUGUGAGGUGUGCUCCUCAGAACCUCCUGUCCUCCCCGUCGCGAUGGUCCAGUCUGUUUUGGAGGGGAGGGGCUCGACGGCCUCUAUGAUAGAGAGGAGGAGUAAGAGACCUGCCCUGGACAGAGUGGAGGUUUCAGAUGCAGUGGAGAACGUGGAUAUGAGCCUGGAGGAGCUGCAGCAGCUGUUGCUCAGGAGCCACCAACAGAGUACUGUGGAAGCUGGGACCAGCGCUGUUAUGGAUCCCUUCAGUUUAAGCCUGCCUCUGACUGAGUGGAACUUCACAGAAAUGGAGUCCAACCUCAAAUCAUACAUGUUCCAGAACCAGGAAGCGGAGGCUUUCCCAGCUUCUGGAUGCGAGGAACAGUGAUGGAUCUGAACUGUGGACUGUCCUUUCUGAAGUGUAAGGCCACAGAAGCUGCUGGUCCCUCAUUCCACCCUGCAUGAGUUUGAUCCCACGGCCCUGCCAGGCUGUUUCACACACGUGGCUUCACUUUCAUUCUUUUACAUCCACAUACCUACAAAAUGCAGCAAUGAAAAAGCCUGUAUAGAUUUUUUUUUUUUUUACGAACUGAUCAAAGUUCUUAUAUCAAGACUCCAGUAUUUAAGCCAGCUGAAUGCAGACAGUGCAUUCUUGGCUCCAGCACUUUAGUCUUUGUGUGAGAGGGAGUUCCUGCUUGUGGAAGUGACUUUUUCUUCCUAUAAAGAAUCUAUUACGGAUGUAUACAAGUGAAUAUUUUUAUUAUUUUAUCCUUAUCACAGAAAUACUGUACUUGUACCCAAGAGCAAACUUUGGCACAAUAGUCGCUGUGGAAAACCAUCUUGGAGGGGCAUUGUAGCAUAUAUUACAAGUUAUGUGAUUUUUUUUUUUUUUUUGUCUGUGUAAGGGUGUAGAAAAUUUAAGGGCUCCUCAUAUACUUCAUGCAUUUCAAAUCAUUUAAAUGUGUUAAGAUAGAUGAGAGGUGAGUUCAGUAAUAUGAAAGGUUCUUCUAGCAAAACUAUGGAUUCAAGCCACUCUAAAAUCCAUUAAGAAACCUUUAGUUUUUUUAGUUUUAAAGUACAACAUGAUAGGAGGUUUUAACACACUUAAACACCCAUCUAAUGUAUUUUGCACAGGCCUGACAUGUAGCCAGAGACUUCUCUUCAGAGUUACUUCUGUCCAUUUAAAUGUGAAGUUUUAAGGCAAUAUGAAAUGAUACGCUUCUCAUUUGACAAAACCAAGAACACCACUGCAUUUUUGCACAAUCUGUAUCACUAGUUAUAUACAGUUAUGACAAAGGUCAUUCAUUUUCUGUUUGUAAAUGACCAGCAUUCUACACCUGCAUGUCAAGAAAAAAAGAGACACACACUGGCCUCAACGGCAGGGUUUAAUCAAUCAGAUAAUGAGAAACCCUCAUAAACAGUCAACAGAGUGGAGUACUGCCUUUCAUACUUUGUUUAAAAAGAAAAG